CGUAUAUUUAUGUAUAUAUAUCUGGAGUUAUAUCCUAUUCCUUUUUUUCAUUUUGCUUUUCCUAAAACAUUUUCUAUUCUGAUUAUAUACAUUUUUAAUCAUGAAAGAUAAUAAAGACUUCUACUCAUUUAACGUUUCUGAAGGUGCUGAUGAUUCAAUCUCAGUUGCAAAUUCAAGAAUAGUUAGCUUCGAUGAAAAGACUGGUGAAAAAAUUGAAAAUGAAUCCGAAGAAAAAUUACAUAGAGGUAUGAAAAGUCGUCAUUUGGCACUUAUAUCUCUUAGUGGUGCCAUUGGUACUGGGUUAUUUGUUGGUAGUGGUGCAUCUUUAGCAGCAACGGGUCCAGGUCCUCUUCUACUUGGUUACAUUUUUUUAUCAGGUAUUGUUUAUUUUGUUAUGAAUAUUUUAGCAGAAAUGUCUUGUUUCUUAUCAACUAGUAAAAGUGGUUCUGGUGCUGGUGCUUUUAUAAAUGAUUAUUUACACCCCGAUCUUGGUUUUGCCUUUGGUUAUAAUUAUGUUUAUGCUUUUGCUAUUUUAUCUGCUUCUGAAGUUAGUAUCUUACCGGCACUUUUCGAUUAUUUUUCUGAUGUCCAUCCAGCAGUUUGGAUUACUAUAUUUUUGGUUUUAUUAAUUGCUUUGAAUAUGGCUCCAGUUAAAUUUUAUGGUGAAUCUGAAUUUUGGUUUGGUUCAAUAAAAUUAAUCACCUUGACUGGUUUAAUCAUCUUAGGUAUUGUCUUGUUUUUCGGGGGUGGUCCAACUCAUGAUCGUUUGGGUUUUAGAUAUUGGAAAAAUGGUAAUGCUUUCCAUCAACAUUUAGUUAAAGGUGACACCGGCCGUUUCUUAUCAGUUUGGACUUCUAUCAUUAAAGCUGGUUAUUCUUUUAUCUGUUCUCCAGAAUUAAUUGUCGCUGGUGCUUCCGAAGUUGAAAGACCAAGAAGAAAUAUUAAAAAGGCUGCUAACAGUUUUAUUUAUCGUUUGGCAUUUUUCUAUAUCUUUGGUUCUUUAAUCAUUGGUAUUAUUGCUGACUCAAGAAGUCCAGAAUUACUUAAUACUUCAGGAAAUGCUUCCGCUUCUCCUUUUGUCUUGGGUAUUCAAAACGCUGGUAUCCCAGUCUUGAAUCAAAUCAUUAAUGCCGUCGUCUUAACUUCUGCUGCUUCUGCUGGUAGUUCCUUCUUAUAUGCUGCUUCAAGAUCUCUCUUCUCCUUAUCUAAACGUGGUUUGGCCCCAAAGAUUUUUGCUAAAACUAAUCGUUAUCAAGUUCCUUAUGUUGCUGUUCUUGCUAACUCUUGUGUUACUUGUUUAGCUUAUUUAAACGUUUCUUCUACUUCUGCUCAAGUUUUCACUUGGCUUUCAAAUAUCAGUACCAUUUCUGGUUUUAUUGCUUGGGUUGGGGUUGCUUUUGCUUAUAUUAGAUGGCGUAAAGCUAUUGUGGUUCAUAAUUUAUCUGAUCGUGUUCCUUUACGUACUCCUCUUCAACCUUAUGGUGCUUAUAUCGUUAUUGUAUUUAUUUCUUUACUUACCCUUACUAAUGGUUACGCUGUUUUCUUUGAUUUUAACGUUGCUGAUUUCUUUGCUGCUUAUGUCACUUUUAUCUUUGUUUUUGUUCUUUACUUAGGCCGUCGUUUAUAUUCUUAUUUCAUUAAAGGUGAAAAAAGAUGGUUAACUCCUUUAGAAGAAGUUUCUUUUGAAGGUUUGGAUGAAUUCGAAGCUGAAGAUGCUUCUUAUCCUGAAGUUGUUCCUCGUAAUUUAGCUGAAAAAGCAUGGCUUAUAAUUGUUUAGGUGGU